UUUCAGUACCGGGCAAUGACAAUAAACUUCAUGUCUAAUACUGCUUUCUGUCACAGCUUUGGAUUAAAGAUUUAUUUUCAAAUAUCUAUCAAAAUUAAUAAGCUUUUUAAUGUUCACAGUUUAUCAGGAUGUCCCAGAGCUACUUCAGCAAUGAAGAAAGCAAAGCUGUCUGGAGAACAAAUGCUAACAAUAAAGCAGCGGGCCAGUAAUGGUAUAGAAAAUGAUGAAGAAAUUAAACAGUUAGAUGAAGAAAUCAAAGAACUAAAUGAAUCCAACUCCCAGAUGGAAGCUGACAUGAUUAAACUCAGAACUCAGGUAACAAUUACCACAAUGGAGAGCAACCUGAAGACGAUAGAAGAGGAGAACAAAGUAAUUGAACAGCAAAAUGAGUCUCUUCUUCAUGAAUUGGCCAAUUUAAGCCAGUCUUUAAUUCAUAGUCUAGCUAAUAUCCAGCUGCCACAUAUGGAACCAAUCAAUGAACAAAAUUUUGAUGCUUACGUGACCACUUUGACGGACAUGUAUACAAAUCAAGAUCGUUAUCAGAGUCCAGAAAAUAAAGCCCUACUGGAAAAUAUAAAGCAGGCUGUGAGAGGAAUUCAGGUCUGAACAGCUGCUAUAGUGGUGAAAGUCUUGCUUAAAAAAAGGAUGCCUCUUGUUUUUUGCUGCUGUAAUUUACCAGAAAGUGUUAUAUAUUUAUUUCUGUUUGAAACAGUGUUAUGCUUACAAGACUUCAUAAUGAUUUUAUGUCUUGCUUUAAAGAUAGUAACUGCAGAAUAGUUUUUUGAAUACAUUCACAUUUUGUACGUUUUCAUAUAAGCUGACAUAGUGUGAUAUGCCAUGUAAUGUUUAUAGCUGCUAAUGUAUGCACAUUUUUGGGGUAUAUAUAUUUCUGAAGAGGUAAGCUGAUCAAAAUAAAUAGAGUGUAAAUUCUUUUUAAUGCUUUAGUGAUUAAAUGUUUUAGUAUUUUGAACUGAAAUGGACAAAAAAAAAAAACAGCUUUGAAUGACAAUGUUGCGGUCUGCAGCCACUUUUUAAACACUAUCAUUUUGCCUCAUGUUGGAGGAUUUUAUGGGAUUUAAGAAAUACAUUUUGUGUGCAUAUUGUUUCAUAGCAAGAAUUGGUUGCAAAAAUGCUUUAUUUUUGAACAAUGCUUGAAAAUAUUAUGUGACUUUUGUUUUUGGAGGAUGGUGUGUGGUGGGGGCAAUAAAAUGAGGUUUUUUGAAUUCCAAGAAAAUGGCAUGGAUUAGAUGUAAGAUACAAAAUGGGUAAUUUAUUGUAAGACAACAUCAAGCCAUGGAAACUUGACAGAAGAUUCAAAGCAGCUUAAACAGCACUUUUUAAUUAACUUCUAAGCAUUACAUGGUAUGAAUAUGGGAACUUCCAUUAUGAAAAGAACUAUAUCAGAGGUGGACAACGUGAAGAUUUCAGCUUUUAUUUUGAAAUAAACUUUGGAGCCAACAUUCUCAUACCUCUGCUGGACUGCUAGUGCCCCUCUGAAUUAUCUGUUAUAGCAAUGUAGUUCAUCUUUCAGAAAUUCUGUAUUUCCAAUUCAAGAUGGAGGACAAUAUUUUAAAAUUAAUAUUGCCUUUUCACAUCUUCAGUUUUGGGAUAAACACAAAUGAUCUGCUUCUGUUAGCAUUACUGAACUGCAUUCACUGCUCUCUGUAGUGGGAAUGCAGUUCAGUAAAGACUUUUCCUUUUGUUUGGCCAAGCAUUUGAUCCCAUUUUUAAUAUUUCAACAUUUAUGUUUUGCUUUUAGUUGGAGAACAAUCAUUACUGCAGCAUUCACACAUGCUUUGUAUUCGUUCUACUAUUACCUAUUGCAAAAAUGAAUGCAAUCAAAUUUUUAAUGUAACUAAAUAUACUUCGGCACUUUUUUUUUGCUUUAAACUGGAUCAUUUUAAGAUAAAACUUAUUUGUAUCUUCAAGAUUUGAUUGUUUUCUUCAAAAUGACUGCACUAUAUGUAUGCAUAAGACCACUUUUUAUUACUACAUUUUUCUUUUUUUAAGUAGUAAAUUUGGUGACGUGUUGUGUUUUACGGAUGUUGAAUUUAUUUAAAUUUGAUAGCAUAUCUUUUUCCUUCCAUGUCUUGAUGUUAUGCAGAAAGUACAAAAGUACUUUAAAAUUUUGUUAUGAAAAAGAUGGAUUUUGUAAAAAAUAAAAAUAUUUUUAGCAGAACAGGACUUACAGGGUCAUUGUCCCCACAAUGUGCCAGUUGACUAUUUGCACUUACCUUGCCCUAUAUAUCCAUACGGAGGUGUGCAAUUUCUUGUGUCAUUAGCCUUGUGACACUAAACUAGAACAAAUUAUAGUGGAAGCCAUUAUGGCCAAUCCAGUAAUAUUGCUAAGGGAGACUACAGGGAUCUCACAACAAAUAUUCUGAUACAAUACUCAACCUCGGUAUAUAUAUAUAUGUAUAAAUAUAUGUAUAUCCCAGCGGCACUUUAUACUAUUCACUGUACAAAAGCUUACAGUUUUCCACGAGGACUUUAAUAACUAGCUGGGAAAAGAUUAUGUAAUUACUUUGGGGCUCUGCAGUAUCUUAUCUGUACAGUGCCCUUUUUCUGUUGUGCUAUUAGUUGUAGCUGCCAUGCUCAGAAUUGCCUUUUUGAGAGCUGAAGCAAGGUGCUUGUUGUUCACCUUCUGCCAUAUAUAUUGUACUUUUGCCCUAGCCUCCUUUUAGGGCUUUCAUUGUUCAUAAUGGCAUAUGCAUUUUUCCACUGCAUUGUGUCUGCAGCUUCUUUGCCAGUAUAGUAAUGCUUUCAGUAGAGUAAUAGAUAGUAUCAGUUUUGGAUUCUUAUUGUUAUCACCUAUGUACAAUGGAAAGGGAUUUUAAGCACAAAUCUGCUGCUCAUCUAAUGUUGGUACAUAAUAUCAAAUCAAAAGUUAUCUGUGACUAUUAUAUAGGGAUCACAAAAGUGUCACAUAUUAGAAUGCUGACCUUUCAUAUGAAAUUAUUGUGAGUCAUCAGAGUUUAUUUAUUAUAACUUAUUGUUCAUAUUCAUUUCUAAGUUAAUUUAAGUAAUCAUUUAUUAAGACAGAAUUUUGUAUAAACUAUUUAUUGUGCUCUCUGUGGAACUGAAGUUUGAUUUAUUUUUGUACUACACGGCAUGGAUUUGUUGACAUUUUAAUUUUGCUAUAAAUGUGUGGAAUCACAAGUUGCUGUGAGACUUCAUUUUUAAAUUGUGAACUUUGUACAAAUUUUGUCAUGCUGGAUGUUAACACAUCUUACUCUAAAUAAAUAAAAAAAUGUGUU